GUUGUUUGAAAUUUCUCAUGAUAAAAAAAUCUUCAUUCAAUUAGAUCUCGACCAUAAAUAUGAUCGUAGCUUAGUCAAUUACGGCAAGUUGGAAUCAAUAGCUUCUUCCCUUUUCUUUGAUCGAUUGAAGCACGAAGGUGCUUCUAUCAUACUUCUUCCAGAGUAUAUGUUCGAUCAGACAAAUUAGUGAUGAUGGAAAUUCUAGUUCAUCAAAUGAUAUUCAUUUUGCUGUUAUCCAUAUGCCACGCAAGUACUGCUGCACCUCAGAUGGCAAAGCGUGAUUGCCCAGAGAAGUGUGGAAAUGUUAUCAUCCGGUACCCUUUCGGGAUUGGACCUAAUGAAAGUUGUUACUAUGACGAAUGGUUUCAAAUCGACUGCAACGAGGGGAAGCCUUUCUUGAGGCGUACCAAAUUGGAGGUGCUGAAUAUAUCGACCGAAUUCGAAAGAAAUCAAACGCUUAAGGUGUACAGCCCCGUUACAUUCUUCUGCGAGUGAAACAAUAGAAGCCAAGCUACGGAUUUAACCGACAGCCCUUUCGUCUACUCUCGGAGGUACAGCAUAUUCACUGCAGCGAGUUGCAAUUCCUUUGCCACGUUUAGUUCCGCUGACUUUGUUGUUGGCGGAUGCAGAUCAGUGUGUGAUCAAGAUUAUGCAGACCUGGGUUGCGAUAUGGGUAUCAACUGUUGUCAGACUAGUAUUCCUCGAUACCUCACUGUUAAUAAUCUUACCUUUGAGAAUACUACAGAUUGCAAUAGGUUUGCCUUCCUGGUUGACAAAGAUUGGUUUCAGUACACAUUCGAUUCAACACCAACAAUUUCUCAGAUGCAGAGGAUGGGCAAGGUUCCUGUGACACUAACCUGGAGCAUAAACAACCACAGUGGGCCAUUUGAUUUUGACAUGUCCAUUGUUUUUGUUAACGGGUCCACUGACUUUAAUGAGUUUAAUCGGUAUCGAGAUGUUGAUGCCAACCCGAAUUGCUAUGUUUCUCAUUCUCGCGCAUUCAAUUGGUCAGUACUUUAUUGUUACUGCCCCAAGGGCUACGAGGGUAAUCCGUAUCUCGGGCCAUAUUCUUGUCACGACAUUGAUGAAUGCCAAGGUUCUCACCCACCCUGUCGCAACAGCAAGUGCGUGAACGAGUAUGGUUCAUUCCGAUGUGAGGACGACGGGAGAAAGGCUAAAUUGAUCCUUGCCACAGGUUUGAGCUCGAGCCUUGGACUAUUAUUGUUGCUUAUUGGUGUAUGGUUUGGAUACAAACUCCUGAAGAAAAAGAAUGAGAUAAAACGAAAAAAGAUGCUCUUCAAGCGAAAUGGUGGUUUAUUAUUAGAACAACAAUUAUCGUCAGGUGAAGUUAAUGUCGAGAAAAUUAAAUUGUUCAAAUCACAUGAGUUAGAGAAGUCUACCGAUAAUUUUAAUAUGGAUAGAAUUCUUGGCCAAGGAGGUCAAGGUACUGUAUACAAAGGCAUGUUGGAGGACGGGAGAAUUGUUGCUGUGAAGAAGUCUAAAAUAGUUGAUGAAAGCCAACUUUCAGAAUUCAUCAAUGAGGUUGUCAUUCUUUCCCAAAUUAACCAUAGAAAUGUGGUUCAACUAUUGGGUUGUUGUUUAGAGACAGAAGUUCCUCUUUUGGUUUAUGAAUUUAUACCAAAUGGAACCCUUUCCAAGUAUAUUACAGAGCAGGUUGAAGACUUUCCACUCACAUGGAAAAUGCGCUUACGAAUUGCCACAGAAAUUGCAGGAGCUCUCUCAUACUUACAUUAUGCAGCUUCCUUUCCAAUUUAUCAUAGAGAUAUCAAGUCUACAAACAUACUUUUAGAUGAUAAAUACAGAACAAAAAUUGCUGACUUUGGAACUUCGAGAUCAAUUGCUAUUGACCAAACUCACCUGACCACAUCACUUGUACAUGGCACAUUUGGUUACUUGGACCCUGAAUACUUUCAGUCAAGCCAAUUUACAGAGAAAAGUGAUGUGUAUAGCUUUGGGGUUGUUCUUGUUGAGCUCUUAACAGGACAAAAACCAAUUUCUUUUCUAAGGUCAGAGGAUGAAGGCAGAAGUCUUGCCACAUAUUUCAUUAUUUCCAUGCACAAAGAUCGUCUAUUUGAAAUUGUUGAUGCUCAAGUUUUGAAGGAAGGAUCGAAAGAAGAUAUCAUAAUAGUGGCAAACCUUGCAAGAAGAUGUCUGAAUUUGAAUGGAAGGAAGCGCCCUACAAUGAGAGAGGUCACAUCUGAGCUAGAAGUGAUUCAAAUGACAGAAAAGACUUCUAGUGGUGAACAAAACUAUGAAGAGGUUGAAUUUGUCAAAACUGAAUUAGUCGAGCCAUGGGAUAUUGCUUCAAGUUCAACGGGAACAGGAUCAGCUUUGGAUGUUGGUCGGGUUUCAUCAUUCCAUGAAAUCCCCCUAUUAUCUUUCAAGUCAAGGUGAGCAAAAUAUUUCUUAGUUUUACCCAAAACAAGAAAAUAUGUUUCUUAGUUGCAAUAAUAUUCUAAUUGUGUUCUGUAUGUUAUAGACAUCAAAUAGAAAUAAUCUUUUAAACUAUAGGACAUCAUCCUACUGAUAGAGUUUGGGGAAAUUCUCCACCUUUAUAUGCUUGCAAUGCUCUUUUGUUUGACAAUUUGGGAAUAGAUUGUA